CUGUGUUUUUUCCCUCUCGCCAGAUUAUCUUCCUCUUGCCGGCGAUUUCUGCAAUUAUCGUCCGGCAUUCUUGUGGUCUUUUUGGUUUCUCAGUUCGGAACUUCAAGUCGCCUUUUUGGUCGCAGAGAGAAUGGAUCCUCUGGCGUCAGCAAUGGAGAGAGCGAAGGACUUCGCGAAAUCAGGCCAGGAUUUCGUCUCCAGCCUCUUUGGCCUCCAUAAGAGUCCGUCUCGCCGGAAUCCGAUUGAGAUCUUGAAGCGAUUACAAAGAGAAGCAUUCUCAGAUCUGAUGAAACUUAGGGAUAGGCAGGAUAAGGUGGAGAGGAUAAUUUCCUUGUAUAAGUCAUCUAAGGGAGGUCCAUUUGUGGAGGCUAGUACCCGAGUGAGGGCUGACAUUGAUGUGCUCGGAGCCAUAUUCUUGAUGGGAAACAUUGAUGAGGGUAAUUUCGAUGUGCUUGAUAAAGCAGGAGUGGAACCCGGAUUGCUUUCUAGGUUCACAUUUGAAACGAACCUUAGGGAGAAAGAUAGCCUUGUGGCCGAGCUAGUCACCAAUCACAAAGGGGAAAGACAUAGCAGGGUUGUCCCUGGUAACCAACUUUCUUUGGCCAAAGUCUUCUAUGAGUCGGAGAUUAGUGAUUGGUUUUCUGCUGUUGCAAUUCUUGUUGGUGCUCGUUUCAGAGACAUUGAUGCUGCAACACCGUCUUCUCAUCAGGGGAUGUGUCUCACAGAGGUUUCUGCACUUGGACCUCCUCUUUUGAAUCAACAUAAUGGCAGUGCCCUGGGGUUAACUGUAAGAAAAUCAAACAUUACAGCCUCACUGGCACAGUCCAUCUCAAACCAUGAACUUGAACCAGGUUUUGAUGCAAUCGGUCAUUGCUUCAGCACAUUUGGGAGGGUCGUCUGCCACAUUCCAAGAGGGGUAAAACUGUCUCUUAUGGGUUGUCAUCGGGUUUUAAAACCAUCAAAUAACCGCCAUCCUUUUGGAGCAGUUGCAAUUCCAGUAGGUUUCCUAAGGCGCCAGUCUGCUCCAGAAUCAACAACGGAACCAUCAGCACCACCUCUGGAGAUGAACAACAUGAGUUGGGUAUCGUCCGGUUCCAUCGCUCUGAAGCUAGAUUCUGAACUGGAUGAGUUCACAAGACUUGGGGGAUGGAUUGAGAUUCAGAACUCGAACCCAAAACACAUAAAGUGGGCAAUGUCUGUGUCAGAUAACUCAGAGGAUGAAGUGGGAUGGGGAAUGAGCGUAGGAGGAAUCAUUGAUGGACCAAGAAAUCAGGAUCAGUUUCAGGUGGAAUCAUAUCUGAAGUUGAACAUAAACAAUCGGUUCAGCUUGAACCCAGGUCUCGUUUACCUCACAAAUGGAAACGGAAGAACAGUUGGACUCAUGCUUCGGUCUCACUGGUCACUAUAACCAUCUCAAGGUUUGCCCUAAAUCUUAAUUUCCAGAGGAUUCUUUGCAUAGCAGUCGGAUGUUUUGUUGGUUCGGAUUGCUGGGACUGUAGAUUGAAGAGUUCAGUUCCAGAUUGUAGAAUAACCAGUGGCCAUCCCAUCACCGUUGACUCACCUUCUCUAGCAACUCCUUUAACACCGAUUCAAACUUUGUGCGUCAAAGAUUUUUCGAGUUCUAGCUUCAUCCCCUUAGCCAUACAGUCUGAACAGCAAGAAGACAUGGAGGAAUGCAUGAAUGGCAUGCAAAGAAGAAAAAGCUGCUAACGUUUUGCCAGUAAAUCCAGAAGCCCUCCCCUGAGGUAAGUAGAGUAGAAUGAGCCUUGGGCUUCAAAAGGCUGAGAUAUAUGAAGCAACCAGUGAUGAAUGGAAUGGGAUUCUAUGAUCUGAGCCUUUAUAAGAGAGUUUUUUAGUCAUGUUAAAACUGAGGAUAAUUAGCAACUUGCCAUCAUCCUUCCCAGCUCUCCUCUCUCCUUGUUAGGUUAUUGGUCUUUUCUUUCAUCUGCCCAUUCUUAAAACGAAAAAGAAGAAUGUUAGAGUCCCACAUCGAUCAUGUGGUAGAUAAUUGAGUCUUUAAAACUCCUGGGUUCUUCUUAACCAAAGAGAUUUGGCUCCACCGAAAACGUGAGAACAACGUACAAAAAUACCAUUAGAAUUUUCUUUUUUGUUUAUCGCCAUACCUGUC